CUCGAACCAACCAGAAUUUGUCUACUUGCAGCAUGCUGGACGAAACUUUUUUUUUUUCCCUCCUCCCUCAUGUAAAUCCUCCACAAAGGAGCUGAAGUUCAAAUGAGGCUGCUUUAACCUUGCAAGAAAUGAUGGAUUCGAAACUUUAGUGCUGCUAUGCCGGGGGUCGCCGUUUCACCCAAGGUGAACUAGCGGCAGCCGCCUGCUGUCCCUGUGGGCUUGGAGCGGGGAAGGCAUGGUCGAUGCCGGGCAACCAAGUGGUCUACCCUUCUGCAAAUGCAGACGAUUUGACUAAAGAGAAGUGAGCUUUUUGUUUCAACUUAAUCCGACUCUCCAAGCACUCCCUGAGUACCGAAUCCAAUGUCUGAAACUUAGUCGCCGUCGAGCGCAGGUGGAGGUCCCUGCGGAGACAACCGUUUGAUGCGGCGUUCAAGGGAGAGGUCACGCUGAACAUGGAUGAUUCGUUCAGAUAACAUUUGAUCAAAGCACGUGAAAGCCAGAAGCGAGGAGCCAAUCGUAAAGGAACAGGGUUUUUAUAUUCUCCCUGCAGAAUCAGCCAUUCACAGGACCAUGCAGACGGUGAGCCUGACCUGCCUGGUCCUUAUUGCUGCAGUAGGGGUUGCUGCCCAGAGCAGCGACGAGGGCAAAGAACAGGAAUUCGUUUAUCUGAACCGGUACAAGAGAUCAAGUGACCCUCCAGAUAAAUGCACCUACACCUUUGUGGUUCCCCAGCAGAAGGUGACUGGGGCCAUCUGCGUCAAUUCCAAGGAACCCGACAUCCUGCUGGAAAACCGGGUUCACAAGCAAGAAUUAGAAUUACUGAACAAUGAGCUUUUAAAGCAGAAGAGGCAAAUCGAGACCUUGCAGCAACUAGUGGAGGUCGACGGUGGAAUAGUCAACGAGGUGAAACUCCUCCGGAAGGAAAGCAGGAAUAUGAACUCCAGGGUGACGCAGCUCUACAUGCAGCUCUUACAUGAAAUUAUUCGGAAACGGGACAACGCUCUAGAGCUCUCCCAGCUGGAGAAUAAGAUACUGAACCAGACCGCCGACGUGUUGCAGCUUGCAAACAGAUACAAGGACCUAGAACAUAAGUAUCAACAUUUGGCUUCCUUAGCUAACAACCAGUCUGCCAUUAUCGCCCAAUUGGAAGAACACUGUCAGAGAAUGCCAACAGUCAGACCAAUACCUCCACCUCCACAGCCACCGAACCGAGUCUACCAGCCUCCCACUUACAACCGUAUUAUCAACCAAAUAUCUACCAACGAAAUUCAGAGUGAUCAAAACCUAAAGGUGCUCCCGCCUCCGCUGCCCACGAUGCCAACCGUUACCAGCAUUCCAACCUCAACUGAUAAACCAUCUGGGCCCUGGAGAGACUGUCUCCAGGCUUUAGAAGACGGCCAUGACAUCAGCUCCAUAUACUUAGUGAAACCCGACAACGCAAACCGGCUGAUGCAGGUGUGGUGCGACCAACGGCACGAUCCCGGGGGCUGGACGGUUAUUCAGAGACGACUAGAUGGAUCGGUCAACUUUUUCAGGAACUGGGAAACAUACAAGCAAGGAUUCGGAAACAUAGAUGGAGAGUAUUGGCUGGGACUUGAGAAUAUCUAUUGGUUAACAAAUCAAGGCAAUUACAAGUUGCUGGUAACAAUGGAAGAUUGGACUGGACGCAAAGUAUUUGCUGAAUAUGCAAGUUUCAGGCUGGAGCCAGAGAGUGAAUACUACAAGUUGAGACUGGGCCGCUACAAUGGCAAUGCCGGGGACUCGUUCACCUGGCACAAUGGGAAGCAGUUCACCACGCUGGACAGGGACCACGACGUCUAUGCAGGAAAUUGUGCUCACUACCAGAAAGGAGGGUGGUGGUACAACGCCUGUGCCCACUCAAACCUCAACGGAGUCUGGUACCGCGGCGGUCACUACCGUAGUCGCUAUCAGGAUGGAGUGUACUGGGCUGAAUUCCGAGGGGGCUCCUACUCCCUAAAGAAAGUGGUGAUGAUGAUCCGGCCAAACCCAAAUACAUUUCAUUAACGGAAUCUUCACUCUUCUUCAACGACAAAACCCAACAAUAAACAAAAAAGUCAGCAACAGCUGAACAAGCUUUCCAGAAAACAUCGUUUCUGCAGCAAAGAAUGUAAGAUAUUUGAUGUUUACUAUUUACGAAUGAGGACUUGUAUGCUGUAUGAUAUUUUCAUGAACCAAUACAACAAAUACCAACCUAAAUGAAAGCGACAUUUUGUUUAUAAUACCUUUCCGUGUCCCAAACAGUAAAUAAAACUUCCUAGUCUUAGAACAUGAGAAGAGGAAGACUGUAGAUAACUUUUUAAAAAAUAAAUUAAGUCUAGAUAGUAAAACACAACACCUAAAUGAGUUUUAAUAUAUAAAUGUACAUACACACAAAUACCAUUUGUGUACAUGCACGUGUGCUUAGAGACACACAUUUAAAUCUCAAAUCAUGGAGGAGCUCCAGAUUGUGCAGUUAUCUUAGAUUUGACCCAGGAAAUUGUAUCCUUUGAAAAAUGUACAGUAGGUGAUAGGCAUGCUGUAGGACAUUAAUGUAAUUGAAGUUAAUUUAAGUUUUGUUGUCUGUUGUCCCGAGAGUGAAUGGGCGUAGACAGCCAAAAGUUAACAGUGGCCUUCUUGUCGCCUGAACCCCUCCCCGAAUUAGCGUGGCUGCUUGCUGUUAGCAAUCAAGGUAUGUGCCGAGCUCCCAUUCCUCAACCUCUUCCGCCAAAUGCCCUUUCUGGCAUCCCACCAAAUAUCAGAAACCAACACUUCCAAUGACCGGCUCCUUCUCUGACCAAAGACCUGGAACAACUUCUUCAGAACACCUUCUGUUCCCCAAAUCCCUGCCUUCAGGAAACAUCCUUCUCUCCCCAGAAGUAUCUCCAGGUCCGAGGACUCCAAGAAGAUGGCGGGGCGGG